AUGUCGAGUGAAGAAACAAAAAAUUACCCGACUGAAUUACUGCGUGAGAAGCAUAUUAGGUUCAUUAUCGCUCUUAUGAAAAAUAAAGAAAUAUACGAAUACUGGAUGACAAUUGCAAUUCGUACAAAUAAUUUUUAUUGGGGAAUUGGUGCUCUCUAUUUAAUGGGAGGCUUAGAUAGAAUCGACAAAGAAGAAGCAAUUAGCUAUAUUCUUUCUUGCCAAGCACCAAAUGGUGGCUUUGCAGGAAAUACCGGACAUGACCCACAUAUUCAUCAAACUCUUUCUGCUAUUCAAGCUUUGAUCAUGCUUGAUGCUUACAAUAGAUUUGAUCACGAUAAGUUAGUUCAAUGGAUUGCUUCCCUUCAGCAACCAGAUGGUUCAUUCGCUGGUGAUGAAUGGGGAGAAACAGAUACUCGUUUUUCAUACUGUGCUAUUGCUGCAUUAUCAUUAAUGGGCCGUUUGGAUGCCAUAAACUUGCAAUCUGCCGUUGAUUGGCUCAAGAAAUGCCAGAAUUUCGAUGGUGGCUUCGGUCUUAUGGAAGGCUGUGAGUCACAUGCUGGUCAAGUCUUUACAGCCGUUGGAGCUCUUAAGAUUGCUAACGCUCUUGACCAAAUUGAUACAGAAGCCCUCGGAUUUUGGCUUUCAGAGCGUCAAGAUCCAUCAGGAGGUUUCAAUGGUCGUCCAGAAAAAUUACCAGAUGUUUGCUAUACAUGGUGGGUUGGAUCUCCACUCAAAAUCUUAGGAAAAACUCAUUGGGUUGAAUAUGAGAAGCUUCGUAAGUUUGUAUUAAGUGCUCAAGAUCCAGAAACAGGCGGUAUUGCUGAUAGACCAAGCAAUAUCCCCGAUCCAUUCCAUACUUUCAUUGGAUGUGCUGGUUUAUCUCUUUUCGGCUGGAAGGAUGUUCCAGAAGUUGAUCCAGCGUAUGCUUUACCUAACGAAGUCCUUGUUCGCCACUUUGGUAAAUUAGGUAUUCCCUACGAAUAA